AUGUGGAUUCAAAACAACAAUGAACCAGUAAGAUACCCAUCGAAGCUGCAGUAUGAAGGGGACAUAAAGAAAUACUGUCAAUUCCAUGAUGGUCACGGCCACGUCACGGACGAAUGUGGAAGCCUAAAGAAAGAAAUCGACCGAUUGGUACAAGUCGGUCGUUUAAAAGACUUUGUAGUACAAAAUAAAAAUUAUAACUCGGGAGGAGGAAACCGAGGCGAGCACGGCGGAAAAAGGGAAGAAGCACCACCACCAAAAAGGCAAAAUGUAUCCGGAGUAAUUAACACCAUAGCCGGUGGAAUGGCCGAUCCAGAGUACAAGCGAGGAAGGCUUAAAAGACAGAAAAUGGUGAUGAACAUAUCGGUGGCCAAACCUUUACCCGAGGUCAGUUUCGGCAUAGCCGACGGCGAAGGAAUAGACUUCCCCCACCAAGAUCCCUUGGCAUACCUCGGUAUAGGUUGCUCGGUCCUCAACCUAAAACCGGUCAAAACUCCUCUAGUCGGCUUAGGAGGAACACCGGUGCGAGCUGAAGGAGUGGCAGAAUUAACAAUUGAACUAGGAAAAGAAAACGGUUCACUGGAAGGAGGCCUAAUCGGCGUCACGAAGAAAUUCAAAACAUUUUUUAUGGUUGUAGACAUGCCACAGGCCUACAAUGUGAUACUCGGCAGACCAAUGCUAUACAACACCGGGGCAGUCACAUGCAUCAAAUACUUGUCGAUGAAGAUACCUACGAAGAAGGAGUGGUGA